GUCCGAGGUCAAUAGGAUAUAACUCCAGGACUCCUCUCCAUCAGAAUCAGAGACGAGUCGAGUGAGGGGGCAGAGGCCACAAAACAGAGAGUACCCAAACGAUCGAUCUGUGCAUCUCCCCGUCCGUCCCGCAACCAUCUAAUUCAGAAGCAGACAUCAAUGGCGAGCAACGGCUGCAACGGCAACGGCAACGGCAACGGCAACGGCAAGGCGGCUCCGGCGGGUGUGGUGGUACCGGAGAUCAAGUUCACCAAGCUCUUCAUCAACGGCGAGUUCGUCGACGCCGCCUCCGGCAAGACAUUCGAUACCAGGGACCCACGGACCGGCGACGUGCUGGCCCACGUAGCAGAGGCAGACAAAGCUGAUGUGGACCUGGCGGUGAAGUCCGCCCGGGACGCCUUCGAGCACGGCAAGUGGCCCCGCAUGUCAGGCUACGAGCGCGGGCGGAUCAUGAGCAAGCUGGCGGACCUGGUGGAGCAGCACACGGAGGAGCUGGCGGCGCUGGACGGUGCCGACGCCGGGAAGCUGCUGCUGCUGGGCAAGAUCAUCGACAUCCCCGCGGCCACGCAGAUGCUGCGCUACUACGCCGGCGCCGCCGACAAGAUCCACGGCGACGUCCUGCGCGUCUCCGGCAGGUACCAGGGCUACACGCUCAAGGAGCCUAUCGGCGUCGUGGGCGUCAUCAUCCCCUGGAACUUCCCCACCAUGAUGUUCUUCCUCAAGGUCAGCCCGGCGCUCGCCGCGGGCUGCACCGUCGUCGUCAAGCCCGCCGAGCAGACGCCGCUUUCCGCGCUCUACUACGCGCACCUCGCAAAGAUGGCCGGCGUCCCCGACGGAGUGAUCAACGUCGUCCCCGGGUUCGGCCCCACCGCCGGCGCCGCGCUCGCCUCCCACAUGGACGUCGACAGCGUGGCCUUCACCGGCUCCACAGAGGUGGGUCGCCUCAUCAUGGAGUCGGCCGCGCGGAGCAACCUCAAGACGGUCUCGCUGGAGCUCGGCGGCAAGUCGCCGCUCAUCAUCUUCGACGACGCCGACGUCGACAUGGCCGUUAACCUGUCGAGGCUUGCCGUCUUCUUCAACAAGGGAGAGGUUUGCGUGGCGGGAUCGCGCGUGUACGUGCAGGAAGGGAUCUAUGACGAGUUCGUCAAGAAGGCCGUGGAGGCCGCGCGGAGCUGGAAGGUUGGAGACCCGUUCGAUGUCACCAGCAACAUGGGCCCUCAGGUUGACAAGGACCAGUUUGAGAGGGUCCUAAAGUACAUUGAGCAUGGCAAGAGCGAGGGAGCGACUCUGCUCACCGGCGGCAAGCCUGCCGCCGACAAAGGGUACUACAUUGAGCCCACCAUCUUUGUCGAUGUCACUGAGGACAUGAAGAUCGCGCAGGAAGAGAUCUUCGGCCCCGUCAUGUCCCUCAUGAAGUUCAAGACGGUUGAUGAGGUGAUCGAGAAGGCCAACUGCACCAGGUACGGGCUCGCCGCCGGGAUCGUGACCAAGAGCCUGGACGUCGCCAACCGGGUGUCCCGGUCGGUGCGCGCCGGCACCGUGUGGGUGAACUGCUACUUCGCCUUCGACCCGGACGCGCCCUUCGGCGGGUACAAGAUGAGCGGCUUCGGCCGGGACCAGGGGCUGGCAGCCAUGGACAAGUACCUGCAGGUCAAGAGCGUCAUCACCGCGCUCCCGGACUCGCCAUGGUACUGAGUUGAGCCAGGGACCGAUGGAACCCCAUCGAUCUCUUCUUGUGCAGUGUACAUGCGUCAUGCGUGCGUGCUCACACAGCUGGGUUGCUGCUUUGUGCUUGUGUUCGUCUCUGGUUUGUGGCUCAUGUGUGUUAGUCUGCACCCUAUCCUUCUGUACGUAGCUGCCGGACAUGCAAAUAGUAUGUUAAGUACACCAUAUAAACUCUUGUUUUAUAAAUUCAAGUUUAGCUUGGAGCCUUCA